AUGCGGCCAUUGGGCUCCUGGGGCGCAGUCAGCCGCGGAUUCAAGACCCACGAGUUCGGCCGCCACUCUCUAUACACGGUCUUCUCCCCGCCAAAGGAGAAGAUUCCGUUCCCGAAGAACCUUCCGCCGCAGUUUCUGUGCCAGAUACCAAAUCUCCAUAGGCCUGACAAACAGGUCGGGAGGAAAAUAAUAGUGCCUCCUCCCCCGGAAAGCAAAUGCAGGGCAUUCAAAGACCCCAUCUCCGCCUUCACAAAGGACCAGCUCGCCAUAUACGACCCUACCGGCGAAAGAAAGGCGCUCUUCGAUCGACGGAACCCCCACGGUGUCAAAGUGGGAGAUAUCCUACGAGUCACCUUCAAAUCCGGGGACCCGUUCGCCGGCGUAUGCCUGAACAUUCGGUCCAGAGGGUUGGACACUUCGUUUUUGCUGCGAAAUAAAUUGACGAGGAUCGGAUGUGAGAUGUGGAUUAAGGUUUUUAGUCCGAACGUGCAGUCUGUGGAGAUUGUACAGCGGACAGAGAAGCGGAAGAGACGCGCCAGAUUGUAUUACAUGAGACAUCCGAAACAUGAUAUGGGUAGCGUUGAGGGUAUUGUUCGUCAAUACCUUAGAAGCCGAUUGCAACAGCGGGGAUCUACUCGUUAA